UCUGUGCGAAUCAGCGACACAAGUUGACGCAACGAGCGCCCACACAGCCGAACCUUAUCUUCUCACCACCGCGCCUGAGCCUGCCGCACUCCCAAAGCUCAGCCUGCCGCCGCUCGUGCUGCAAGGCCAGGCGUCGGCGCUGCUCGCCGCCCACAAAGAUCUUGCAAGACCACGGCCGAGGUCUUGCCCUCUCCUACGCGGUAGAGAGCAACCACGGACGGACGAGCCGUAGCCAGCCAUGGCCGUCGCCUGCCGUUUCGCCGCGCCGCUGGGCCUCGCGCCGCUGCCUCGCGGCCGCGCCGUCGCCAAGGGCAUCGCUUUCUCUGUUGGCUCUGCCAAGGCUGUCCCACGGGGCGUCGCGAUGAAGGCGGCAAACGGGACGCCCGGCGGCGAGGAGACGCCGGAGACCGUCGGCCCCCUCUGCUGCACUGGCGUAGGAAGGCAGAUUAUCAAGAGAGCAGAGGAGGUUUUUCUUUCAACACAAGUAAAAGAAACUUCCGGUCCCCACUCUGACAAGGAUCUAAAGAGAAAUAUGAACUUGCUGCAGCAACUUGGUAUACUUCCUUGUGGUGCUACGGCAUGGUUGAGUUUUGCACAAUCAGCACAGUCUAGUGAAGGAGCAAAGUUAAAUAUGGUUUACGAGGUUGGCGAGCUGUUUGAGCUGGGAAUUCAGCUUUCGUAUCUGCUCAUACUACUUGGUCUGCUUGGAACUGGUACAUUUUAUGUCAUCCGCCAGGUUCUUGUCCGCAGGGAGCUUGAUCUUUCUGCGAAAGACUUGCAGGAACAAGUGAGAAGUGGUGAGGGAAGCGCUACAGAACUUUUUGAGCUUGGAGCAGUCAUGCUCCGGAGAAAGUUUUACCCUGCAGCUAUCAAAUAUCUACAGCAAGCAAUCCAAAAAUGGGAUAGAGAUGAGCAAGAUCUUGCACAGGUGUACAAUGCCCUGGGGGUGAGCUACAAGCGGGAGAACAAACUGGACAAGGCAAUCAAGCAAUUCGAGAAGGCCGUGGAGCUCCAACCAGGCUACGUGACGGCGUGGAACAACCUCGGCGACGCAUAUGAGCAGCAGAAGGACCUUGCGUCAGCGCUCAGGGCGUUCGAGGAGGUAUUGCUCUUUGAUCCGAACAACAAGGUGGCAAGGCCGCGCCGAGACGACCUCAAGUCGCGUGUGGGCAUGUACAAGGGGGUGCCGGUGAAGACGACGGACAAGCGAUAGCCGCCACAAGGGGGUGGACGGAUUCGUGCCUCAGUUUUGAACAGUAGCAUCUGUAAACAUGAUGAGAAGUUUGUAUGUAGCAUACUGGUGUCUGUCAUACGUCUGCGCUGGCGGUUGUUGUAGAAUGUUUGGAUGUUAGCACAAAAUGUAGAAUUUUGCUUCCGAGAUCCGCACCAAGUCCAUAACAGUUGUUGCAACCUUA